CAAGUUAGAUGAAGUGUUGAACCAUCGCAAUCAUUACAUUCUUUGAUUUUCUGCUUCAAUAGAAACAGUAAUAUUUUAAACCUUAUCAUAUAGAUCUUAUGUCCUCAUUUCAACACAUUUUUCUUUCAAUCUAAAACCACAGCAACAUCCAUAACAGAGAAACAAAUGAAGCCAUCUCUACCACUCCUCUUGGUAACUACAACUUUUCUUGGAUUAUUCUUUCUUCCAAUUUCAGAACCAAAAUCUGACUCAUGCAACAUCAAUCUCAACCUCAAAGUUCCUAUCCCUUUUGAUAUAACAAACCUUCACUGCCUUUCAGUCUGGGAUUCUCAGAGUUUCAUCCUCAGAUAUGUUCAAACUUCUAGAAACACUUGGAGCUUCAUUCUCUCAACCCCAUAUACAAAUUCUUACAUUGCUAUGGGGUUCUCAACCAAUGGUGGCAUGGUAGGUUCAAGUGCCAUAGUGGGGUGGGUGAUAUCAGGAGGAAAAGGUGGAGGGAUCAAGCAAUAUUAUCUUGGAGGGUAUGCACCAAACCAAGUGGUUCCUAAUAAAGGGAACCUUAAUGUUGUGGCCAACUCAACCUUUAUCACUUUAGAGUCCAAUCAUUUAUACAUGGUGUUUCAGUUACAAACUACUACUCAACCUUUGUCUUGGAUCAUAUUUGCCACUGGUUCCAUUGGAUUAUUCCCUCAAGCACCAAGUUUUGCAUUAACAAAACACCUUGACAAGAUUUCCCAAAGAAUUGACUAUUCAAAAGCAAAACUUGGAAGUUCACAAGGUGAUAGUACUUCUAAUUCUUCUUCUUCUUCAUCAUCACAAGCAAAUGGAAAUAAUGGAAGCAAUGGUUCAUUAUCAUCACAAGAAGAUUCAUGUGGUUCAAACCUAAACCUAAAUGCUCCUCUUUUCUUUGACACAACAAAGCUCAUUUGUAUUCCUGUUUGGAAUACUCAAGGUUUCAUCCUUAGGUAUUAUGAGAGUUCUCCAAACACGUGGAGCUUCAUUCUCUCAGCACCAAACCCUAAUUCCUACAUAGCAAUAGGGUUCUCACCCAAUGGAGGCAUGGUUGGUGCAAGUGCCAUAGUUGGUUGGAUCUCAACAAAUGGAGCUGGUGGAGGCAUGAAACAAUAUUAUCUAGCAGGGACAACACCUAACAUGGUUGUUCCAGAUAGGGGCAAUUUAGUCAUUCUAACCAACUCAACCUUAAUCACAUCACAAUCCUCAAUUUUGUACAUGGUUUUCCAAUUACAAACUAACCAACCUCUUUCAAGGGUUAUUUUUGCCAUUGGACCAAGUGGUACCUUUCCUUCAUCCCCAAGUUUUGCACUUUCCAUGCACCAAGACAAAUUCUCCAUGACUUUGGAUUACUCAACAGGUUCAGGUAGUUUAUCGGAAAACCCUUCUAUGAACUUGAAGAAAAGCCAUGGAUUGUUGAACAUAGUGGCAUGGGGUAUCUUAGUGAUAAUGGGAGCAAUAGUUGCUCGUUAUUUCAAGGAAUGGGAUCCAUUUUGGUUUUAUUUUCAUGCUUCAGUCCAAUCAUUGGGUUUUAUUAUUGGAAUAAUUGGUGUAAUUAGUGGGCUUGUUCUUAAUAAUCAACUCCAAGUUGAUGUUUCUCUUCACAAGGCUCUUGGUAUCAUCAUUCUUGUCCUAGCUUGCCUUCAGAUGAUGGCUUUGCUAGCUAGACCUAACAAGGCAUCAAAAAUGAGGAAGUAUUGGAAUUUGUACCAUCACAACACAGGAACAGUUUUGAUUAUAUUAGCCAUUGCUAACAUCUUCUAUGGAAUUCAUUUAGGCAGAGAAGGAAAUGCAUGGAAAGUAGGCUAUGGAAUUGUUCUUGCCAUUUUACUCUUUAUUGGAUUCCUUUUUGAGAUAAACAUGUGGAGUAGUUUAGAAGAAGAUGAUGACUAAACUAAAUUUUUAUUAUCAAAUUUAUUUCUUUGUAGAAAUUGUUUGUUUAUUUCUUCUCAUCAUUAUUAAUUAAGUUUUUGUUAUUUGAUGGAAGCUAAUUAAGUCCUUAUUUAUUU